AUGGGGGAGACCACGCAGCCAGCAGACAGUCAAGAGGUACCACUAAACCCCAUGUCCAGCAUAGACAGGAUUUUCCAAAACUUCUGGCUUAAGCUCAAGCUCAGGCUGAAACAAGGUACUCCACGACUACUCACCGUAUGCCGCCCACCACGACAGCCACCACCCAACCCUCAGCAUCAGCCUGCAACCCUAACAGGGCCUAAAACCAUGCAACAGCGAAGUAAGCAUGCCCUCGCUUGCACAGGGCGGCAAGAAGGAGGACACAGCGGAAUACAAGCCUCAGCCUCGAACAAGCACCCACCCCCUCAUGGGCGACCCUACCCAGGCCAAGUGGCACAACCAUCCGAUCCCAAUCAGACCCGCUCACUCACCACACCACAACGGAGCUCCACAGGCCCCCACAGCAGGGCUCUGCUCAGCCCCAACACGGCAUUGAGUGAACCACCAGCGAUGCUUCGGCAAGCUGGUCCCAAGAUGGGGAGACCGGAGGCAGCAAGCACAAAAAGGGACUCACACCUGGGGGACCCCAGGAGACUUUAUUAG